UGCCACACAUUUGAAUGGAACCCAGAUAGAAGCGUUUCAUAUUGACAUAUUUGAUAAAUUAGAUCCAUAAUCAGCAUCAGCACAUUCUUAAAUGAAAAAAACAAAUCAGACUUGCAUUUAUCAGUAGAUGGAGGAGUGUCAAGCAAAAAUGCAGAAAAAAUAUUUAAAAGCCCCAAAUUAAUAUUUUUAACCCUCUUCUGACCAUUUCUUCUCUAACAGAUUCUGUGCCACAUUUUGCACAUAGGCAGUAUGGGUAACACAGAACGUUCCUGUUGGCCUCUCCUCAUUUUGUCUCCUUGCAAGAUACUUCUUAUGUCUUCUUGAACAGCCUUCAUUUAUACUACUUCAGUGCGUUGCUAGGACAUCAAGAAUCUCUGAGAAUGAAAGUUAUGUGUGGUGGCAUAUGGUCACCUUAGCCUGGGUAUAUUCACUGCAAAUAGAGCAACGAAUUGCAGAAUGUAAACCUCAUUAGUCAGGUUACUUAGAAAGAUCCAAUGGAGGAGAAGAUACUGGUUUGAAAAAGUGAUGUAUUUUUGCAGCUCUUCUCCCAAGAGUGGAAUAUUUUUGAAACUUAUUUAUAGUGCAAAUAAGGUACCAUACAGUGAAACUUCCCAAGCUGCAUUAUCAGGGUGGUUUGGAUAUAUAAGUUCAACCAGCCACUCUGAAAUAAACAUAUUCAACGGCCGUUAAAAUCUCGAUACUGACUGAUUUUAUUGGAUCAUAUCCUCCAGCUCUCUGGGAUGUAAAUUUCCGGCCAUAACCUGUGCAGCAAUAAACUUCGUUCAGCCACAAGAGUGUGCAUGUGAGAGGAUUGCAAAUCUGCUCUGCCAAACCAGAAUUAGCCGGUAUCGCAGGAAUGAAAGAGCGUGGAGAUUUGAAAUUGCAGAGAAUGGAGACAAGGCGGUGCAGAGGACGAGCUGCCCGGGGAGCAGGAGGCCCCAGACCGGUGCCGCACUCUUAUGGAAAAUAAAGCCCCAGGGUGGUGAGCAGGGGCGAGGCCUGCUGUUUCUUUUGUAUUUCUCCGGAGAAGAAAAGAAGACAAAAAAUUACCAUCUCUGGUAAUUUGUAUCAUUGCAUUCCUAGUCUCCAUGGAAACCUAUGUGGUGCUCCACAGUUGGGAAGAAAUACAUCCCCAAACUGGUUUCCUCUGAAAAGAUGUGGUAACUUCAUCUACUUGCUGCUUCUUUACUCCAAGCUUUAUGAACUGGAACACAAAGGCACAUCAUCUUACUGGGACAGCAGAAGGUGACACAGAGGAGUAAUAUACAGAGAGAGACCGAUCUUUUUUGUGAUCACAGUCAACCCAUGAAGAGUGAGGGCUUUCAGCCACCUAAAAGUAUUUACUGCAUUUGCUUCAGAAUACUGUGGAGAAAAUGUAUGCAAGUCGAGAGGAUAUUGGAUAUGAUUUUGGAGAUGACUCCAAAGUUGGAAGUAAGCCAAUUAAACCUAAUCCAAACAUCGAUGGAGGAUGGGCUUGGAUGAUUGUAUUUUCCUCUUUCCUUGUGCACAUACUCAUCAUGGGCUCCCAAAUGGCCCUUGGAAUACUCAACAUGGAAUGGCUUGAGGAGUUUAAUCAAAGUCGUGGCUUAACAGCGUGGGUUAGCUCCCUCAGCAUGGGCAUCACACUUAUUGUAGGUCCUUUUAUCGGUUUGUUCAUCAGCAUGUGUGGGUGCCGCACGACAGCCAUAAUUGGAGGGAUCCUGAAUGCCCUGGGCUGGAUACUGAGUGCCUAUGCCUCAAAUGUGCACUACCUCUUCCUCACCUUUGGAGUGACAGCUGGUAUUGGAAGUGGCAUGGUUUAUCUGCCUGCAGUGGUCAUGGUAGGGCAAUAUUUUCAGAACAGAAGAGCACUUGCACAAGGGCUCAGUACCACGGGAACGGGGUUUGGAGCUUUCUUAAUGACUGCCUUACUGAAGUACCUCUGCACUGAAUUUGGGUGGAGGAAUGCAAUGUUCAUCCAGGGGGCCAUUUCCCUGAACCUCUGUGUCUGUGGGGCACUCAUGAGACCACUCUCUCCCAAAGAGCUCCGUGAAAAAUAUGUGGUGGGAAAUGAUAGCGAAGAAAAUCGGGCAAAAGCUCUGUCCCACUCUACAGAGACUAUAAAAUCUAAUGGAGUCCUUGGUGAAGAACCAGAGAAAAAAGAAGAGGCAGCAAAUGAAGAAGUGCUGGGCAGUGUGCAGCACAUAGAAAUCGGAGGUAAAUCUGGAAGUGAAAGGAGCAUGUAUGGACUGCGCCUCUUUAAGACAGUGAGCCAGCUGACAGUCACAGUCAGGAAGGGCUUUGCACUCUGGUACUCCAGCUAUUUUGGAGCUGCAUCACUGUUUACCAAUAGAGUAUUUGUGGCCUUUAUCAUUUGGGCUUUGUUUGCCUAUAGCAGCUUUGUCAUUCCCUUUAUUCACCUUCCAGAAAUAGUCAAGCAGUACAAAUUAUCUAGGCAGGACAAUGUAUUUCCUUUGACAUCCAUUAUAGCCAUUGUUCAUAUUUUUGGUAAAGUGAUCCUUGGAAUCAUCUCUGAUCUGCCAUGCAUCAGCACAUGGAAUGUCUUCCUCAUGGCUAACUUUACCCUGGUCACCUGCAUUCUUACUUUGCCACUAAUGCAGACAUACAUUGGCCUGGCUGUGGUUUGUGCUCUAAUAGGAUUUUCUAGUGGCUAUUUUUCUCUAAUGCCUGUUGUGACUGAAGAUUUAGUUGGAACUAAACACCUUGCAAAUGCCUAUGGCAUCAUCAUUUGUGCCAAUGGAAUAUCUGCUUUGUUUGGACCACCCUUUGCAGGUUGGAUCUAUGACAUCACACAAAAAUACGAUUUUUCUUUUUACAUAGCUGGAUUGCUAUACAUGGUGGGAAUAAUAUUUUUACUUAUACAACCUUGUAUUCAAAAGAAACAGUCAAGAGAAAAAUCUACAGAAGAAGCACAAGUAUAGAACAAAUUCCAGAACUUUUUUACAGAACUUUUUUUGUUUUGUGUUUCUCUUGUGUGGCAGUAUGAAGAUGUUUUUCUUAUAGAACCAACCACAUUUAGCUGCACUGCACUUAAGUGAAAAGCAAAUAUACUCCAUAAGGCUUAUAAAUUAUUGGAAAUGUGCUUUUAAAAUUGGUUAAGAUAUUUUCUACUUUAGAACUACCAAAUACAGUGAUUAAAAGCACACUGCUAGUAUGUCAAUAUUAGAACCAUGCUAAGAAUACUUACCCUUGCUUCUCUUUUAAUAUUUCACCAUUAACCAUUGGUGAAAAUCCACUGACUGCAGUGCAGUUACUCUGAUUUACACUAGUCCUGUGAGAGAAUUUGGUCAGGACAUGAAUGAUUUAUAAAAGUCCUUUCUACUAUGUAUUCAAUCUGAUGAAAGAUUAGUUACUGGAUAUUAGAAAAUGAUUGUAUUUCUUGCCUGGCUACUCAAGUACUGUUGAAAUGCUACUAAAAUAAUUCCACUAAUUCAGCUUACUAAAAUUACUAUUUCUGUGAUGCAAAUCUGAAGAAAAGUUCUCAUAUAUUUCUGAAAUUAUUCAGUUGGACUCAAUAGGUCCCUCCCAACCCAGUAUAUUCUGUGAUUCUACUUCGGUGAUUUUUAAUUUUGUUUUUUCAAAGUAUCAACUGCAUUUGAAGUAGCUAUCCCCAAUACAUAGGCUGCAGUUUAAACACUGUGACAUUUAAUGCACCUGAAGUAAAAAACCCAUAAAUGAAGAAACAGGAAACAUGUGGAAAAUGUUUCCAGAAACAGUUUGAGUUCUUUGGCCCCUUUACCUAAUUAGAGUUAUUGUAGAAUUUAAUAACAUUGCCACUGACUCUUUCCAUGGGAAUGAACUCUACUACAGCACACUAAAUUUUGUUAUAAUUUAAUUUAAUUGUUCACUAAAUUUGUUACAUAUGAGCAGUCGUGUUGCUGCUUGUAAUGUACCAUGAACUGACUAAGAUUCAUCAUGUUUGAGAAAUUUAUUCUCUAGAAAAUGAGAUACUGCAGAGCAUGGAAUAGCUAAAGAGCAUUUAAAAUAUUAAAACAAAUUUUCUCAACAUUAAGGGUCUGGUAACCAGUGCAGAAGGCGAUGUAUGGUGGUUGAGGGUUUAUUUUUUUCAGCUUUGAGAAGUGAGUCUGAUGUUAAUUUUCCUAUCAAAUAAGAACCACUGUAAGUUUUCAUCCUCUUAGCUUUAUGAAAGUUCUUUGCAUGACGAAUCUGGUUCUUAGUUUAAUAUUUCUACGUGCUGCUGGAGUUCCUUAAAAAGCAAUUGAAACUGUUCAAUUAUAUUGAAGAACUAUUGGGAAACAGCUCAGUACACAACAAUAGCAAUAUCCUUAUCUUCUUUAUAGCUGCAAGGUUGGUUAACAAAAAGUUCUGAAUGUGUAUUGUUCUAUAUUGCAAUUCACCAGCUUCUUAGUGUUGCACUUUACAGCUCUUGUCAGGGACAUACUUUAAAGUAUUCCUUAAAGAUCACUGAAGUGAGCCAAGUUAAAAAUAAAACCUUAAGAAACCCUGAAUUAUUUUAAGAUUUACAUCAGUACAAUCAUAUAGGGUAGUUAUGUAUGGCCUUUAAAAUUCACAUAAGACAACUGAGGUGGCACUGAACUGCAACACAUGGAGUGAACACACAGUCAGUAACUUCUGAAAAUCAGCUUUUGUUAUUGGAGAAAAUGUGCAUGUAAAUUUUCACAUCAGUUCUUUGUUACAGAUUAAAUAUCUUCUUGGUGGGAAUGCUGCUGAUGGCUCAUUUGAUCUGAGCUUUUUUUGUUUCUGAAAGAUAUGUAUCCUUCAUACAUAGAUCUUCACUUUGUCUUUUGUCAAAAGCAAUGGUAUUUGCAUAAUACAGUAAUGAAAAAUACGUUGUUCACUUGUGGUAUCUGCAAUAGAUCUUUUAGUAGAGGUUCUUAUAGGGCCACAUGUUGGGAAUAAACUUACAUUACCCAAAAAUACACAUUCUGUUCAUUUAUUAAGUUAGUAUGGUAUUUUAGUCACAUAAUGGAAUUUGUAUUUCUCAUUAUCCUAAAACAAAAUAAUCACAAAGACGAAAGAAUAUAUAUGGAAGUGCUUCUUAUACCUAAAGGUGAACAGUCACUGAAUGUCUCCAGCACAUUGGUAUAUAGUUCUAGAACAAAAAAUGCUUAAUAUAAAUCAAUGAAUAUUUAAGUAUUAAAGUACUGGUUUAUAAAGAAACAGAAUUAUACAAGAACCCUGUAUUCAUAGUUUUUAAUCAAUUUAUAAAAUUCAAGUUUAGUACCUGACAUGUUAAAAAAUUGUAAACUCUUUACACUCUUCAAAUAUGAAACUAUUAUAUCCAAAUACUGAAAUCACUGGUUUAAUACUUGGGUCCUAGAUCUAGUCAAUUGUAAAUGAUAUAUUAAUUACCCUCUAUAAAUGACAAUGCCACAGCAUCUGCUAUAAGCCAUGGACUACCUGUGGCAUAGAUACAAAACAGAGAAAUCAGAAUGAAGAAAUAGAAAGUAGCCACAACCUGUUCUAUUGCAGUAACUACUAUGAUGCUGAUAAAACACAAUUUCAGGAUACCCAACCUAUUAAGCAUUGUAAUAUUUACAUGUUGCUCCUGGUAAAACAUAUUUUAUUUUUCUUCUUUCAAUCCUUAAAAAGUCUGUUUUCUGUAGUAAAGAAGAAAAGUCCAUGUGUCUGACCCAAUAAACAGCCAUGCCUUAUAGCAAUUA